CCCUUGUGGUCUAUUUCUUGAUUUGUCAGAAGUCUUCAUUAUCAGUCAUCGCUUCUUCACUUCCUCUCUUCAGCUUCUCACUCUCAUUUCUUCUUCCUUCUCUUCCAGAGCCUCCACCUUCAAGGAGAAGAAGAAGGGGGAAAUGGCGAAUAAGGUCUCCAAUUUCUCCGAUCUGAUUCAACGAGUUACAGCCUCUUGUCUGCUUCAUCCACUCGCCGCCGUCCGUCAGGAUUCCGGGGAGAUCGCUGGCAAGAAUCGCCAAGGACAUGAGGCGAGUUACGAUUCCGAUGAGCUCGAGGAUGAUGAGGAGGCGGGGGAAGUAGAGGACGAGUGGAGUAAGGAAGGGAUUAGGGCACGGGAAGUGCCGAAGGGAGAGUUAGUCGGAGUGGAGAAACUAGUGGAGAUGGAGAUUCUGAUGAACGAAGUCUUCGAUGUCGUUUCGACUAUGAAAAAGGCGUAUGUGAACCUGCAAGAUGCGCAUUGUCCUUGGGACCCGGAGAGGAUGAGAGUGGCCGAUGUUGCAGUUGUGGCGGAGUUGCGGAGGCUAGGGGUUUUAAGAGAAAGGUUUCGCCGGAGUUUGAUUGUUCAUGGCUCUGGAGGCGGACGCGGGCGUAGGAGAAACGGCGUAGUCGGGAUGCUGAAGGAGGUUGUUGCUCCGUACGAGGCGGCCAUGGAGGAACUGAAGAAGGAGGUGAAGUCCAGAGAUGUGGAGGUUGAGAAUCUCAAGGAGAAGCUUAAGAACUCUAUGGCACUUGCCAAGGGCAGCAGCUAUGGCGGCAAGAAAGGAAGAUCUCAGUCAAAGAGGAAGGUCAGCUGCAGUUUUGGUCAAGUGGCGGCAUCCCCUGUCCCUGAGCUGUUCGAGGCCACAAUGAGCCAAGUCAAGGAAGCCUCCAAAGCCUUCACGUCUCUCUUGCUCUCUCUUAUGCGCUCUGCUCAUUGGGACAUUGCAGCUGCAGUCCGUUCUAUAGAAUCAGCUAUCUCUGAGAGUGACAAUACCUACCUUGAUACUGUUGCCACCACUCACCAUGCCAAGUUUGCUCUUGAAUCUUACAUUUCCCGCAAGAUUUUCCAUGGUUUCGAUCACGAAACUUUCUACAUGGAUGGCAGCCUCUCCUCACUGCUAAACCCCGAGCAGUUUCGGCGGGAUUGUUUCACCCAAUAUCGUGACAUGAAAGCCAUGGACCCUGCUGAACUUCUCGGAAUCUUACCAACUUGCCAUUUUGGCAAAUUCUGCUCCAAGAAGUAUCUUUCCAUUGUUCACCCCAAAAUGGAGGAGUCCUUGUUUGGAGACUCGGAGCAGCGUCGACAAAUCUUGGCUGGUAACCACCCUAGGAGUCAAUUCUAUGCUGAGUUCUUGGGGCUGUCCAAGGCAGUCUGGCUGCUUCAUCUGCUAGCAUUCUCACUUGACCCAUCUCCGAGCCAAUUCGAGGCAAGUAGAGGAGCCGAAUUCCACGCGCAGUACAUGGAAAGUGUGGUGAAAUUACCAUGUGGACGGGCAACAGCUUCUUUGACUGUGGGAUUUCCAGUUAGUCCUGGGUUUAAGUUGGGUAAUGGUUCAGUCAUCAAAGCCAGGGUUUUCUUAGUUUCCAGGAGUUAAGGUAUUUUUGUGGCAUUACUUACUGUCUUCGCUUGCCCAGAACUUACAUGUUAUGCAUGCAUCAUAGUCUGGCUAAAACAAAAACAAGGAUAAUAAUUGACAUGGACGGUAAAAGAAAGCAAUCAUCAUUGCCCCACCUUUUCCUUUGAGUUGCAAGUUUGAAUCUCCCUUUCUUAUCUGUAAUGUAGUAAUUAAAAGAAUGACUUUGGUUGGUCAUUCAUGUUUAUAGACUUGUAUGGUUAUGCUCUAUUGUGACAAUAUAUAUGCAACAAGCUCUCUCUUCCCU